GCUGCGCUUGACGGUGGGCAGUGUCGCGAAAGGCCCGUGAAGGACGCGGUGGGAGGGCCGGCGGGUCGUGGUGGGCUCGGUGCCGCAGCCAUGCCGUUCUGGGACCUGCAGCGGCAGCUCGGCAUCGAUGUGGACCGGUGGCUGCUGCGGCAGAGUAUGCCGCAGCCCUACGGCAAGGCCGGCGCCUGUCACGCCUUCGAGCGCGAGUGGGUGGAGUGCGGGCACGGGCUGGGCCAAACCCGCGCCCGCCGCGAGUGCCAGCCCGAGUACGAGGACUUCAUGGAGUGCAUGCACCGCACCAAGCUGGCCGUGCGGUUGAGAACCAUCCUCGAGCAGAGAGACAAGAUGAUCAAGGAAGGGAAGUACACGCCGCCUGACUACCACAAGGGCAAAGAGGAGUCACGGCCUUGAUCUGCCGGGAACGUGAGCCUCCAUCACCUUUGGAGUUGUCUAUGUGGAAUUCCUCUGAGAAGAAAUCUUGCAGCGCGAGUGGGUUACGCUGUAGUGGUGGGGUGGGGUCUGCCUGAGGCCCUGCCCCUGUGGAAGGGAAAUGACACCACAGUGGGCAUUGCUCAGCAUAGUAAAUGUCUCCUCUGGAACAGCA